GUUCGCCUGAGCAAAGUAGAGUGACAGCUGUUAUGCCAUCACUGAUCAAGAUUGCGGCGGCAUUGUCGCUCGCAGGCUUCGCUCAUGCGAGACCUUCGAAUGUCGAAUCUCGCGAUGUUGGCCUCUCAAACUCGACUGAGCUGCCGAUAGUUGACCUAGGCUACGUACUUCAACGAGCGACGGUCUUCAACGACACCGGAAACUACUACAACUUCUCGAACAUCCGAUACGCGCAGCCUCCAGUCGGUGAUCUGAGAUUCCGAGCACCAUUGCCACCUGUCGAGAACCGUACGGCUGUCGAGACAGGAGAGGUCGAUCGAAUUUGCCCUCAAGCGAAUCCAGCUUGGCUGCUGACUGCCACACAAUUUGUUCCUUCGUACCUAGCAGGCAAGAGGAACUUCACCGCCGCCGACUUCAAUGUCAGCAGUUCUGGCAGCGCCAGCCUGCCCGAACAGGAUCCUCGAACUACAGAGGACUGCUUGUUUCUGGACGUUCAGGUGCCAAAGGAGAUUUUCGAUAGAGCCGGAGCCGAUGACUUCGAAGGCGCGCCUGUUCUUGUGUGGAUCUAUGGAGGUAGUUUCACUGGUGGCUCGAAGCAGGGCGCAGGUAAUCCAGCAGGCCUUCUGGCCAGGGCGCAGAAUGAGAAGAACAAGGGCGUGGUUUACGUCGCCAUGAACUACCGCCUGGGCGCUUUUGGAUGGCUUUCCGGACCAGAUCUCCAGGCAGACGGCACCACUAAUACUGGGCUCUACGAUCAGCGGCUCGCAUUGGAAUGGAUUCAAGACAACAUUCACAAGUUUGGAGGUGACCCGAAGCGAGUAACGCUUGUUGGAGAGAGUGCAGGUGGGUCAUCGAUCAUGCACCAGAUCACUGCUUUCGGCGGCUCAAAGCCAGUGCCCUUUCAGCAGGUUGUUGCUCAAUCUCCAGGAUUUCAACCGAUGCCCUCAAACAUUGAGCAAGAUAGCAUUUUCAAUGCUUUCCUCGGUCUAGCUGGCGUCAAAACUAUCGGCGAGGCUCGUCAGCUUUCAUACGAGAAACUGCAAACCGCAAACAUCAUUCAGACAGCACUUUCUCGGUACGGCCAAUACACGUGGGGUCCAACUGUAGACGGCAUCUUCGCUCCAGAGCUUCCUGGCCAGCUUCUCGCCAAAGGACGAUUUGCCAAAGACGUCAAAGUCAUGGUCGGCCACAACCAAAACGAAGGACUGCUAUUCGUCAAUCCUCUCGCCUCGAACUCAAGCGGUUUCGAAGACAACAUCGACAGCCUCCAGCCAUCGAUCAAAGCUUUCCCGCUGUACAAGAACUACCUCGCCAACACACUUUACCCCGCCGAUGCCUACCCUGGCCAGAUCGAGCGUUAUGCAGCGAUUGUCGCCGACUCAGCCUUCGUCUGCAACACUUUUUACCUAGACAAGGCGUUCGGCAACCAGACUUACGCUUACUUCUUCGUUGUGCCUCCUGCGCUUCACGGCACUGACAUCGCAUACACGUUCUACAACGACGGCGGACCCAGCAGCGAUGUUAUCAACGUUGAUGUUGCAAUUGCGUUGCAGGAGUAUAUUACACAUUUUGCCGAAUUUGGGUAUCCGAGCGAGACUGGUGUGCCGCAUUUCCCGAUUUAUGGUGAGAAUGCGACAGUGACGGUGUUGAAUGCUACGAGUAUUACGCAGGCUGUUGAUCCGGCUGCGAACGAGAGGUGUAACUGGUGGCAGAAGGCGCUGUACUACUAG